AGACAGACAAAUAAAAGCUCAGCUCCAUCUGCGCUCACUGUACUGAGGUCUGACAACUUGACAUCAACGGCAAAGUCUCGCAACAGAUGGAGGGACUCCCAUCACUUGCGAUCUCAAUAACUGCGCCACUUAUAUUGUGUUUUAUUACAUUUGGAGCUCACCAGCAGGUGCAAGCUUGUGGUGGUGUAUAUAAUUGUUUAUCCGGUUCCAUUACGUCUCCAUUGUACCCGAGCUCGUACCCGGAUGAUCAGGACUGUGUUUACAUAAUCAAGGCAGCAACAGGAUAUUGCAUAACCCUGACAUUUCUCCAUUUUGAACUCGCAGAUGAUACGGAAUAUUGCGACCACGACUAUUUGCAAAUUACAGAUGGCGGACUUGAUACGUCACCGUAUAUGGGUACCUUCUGCAACACAAUAAUUUUCCAACGACGCUCAUCAUCAAACACCAUGUGGAUGAAAUUCCAUUCUGAUUCUUCACGAUCCGGAGCUGGCUUUGAGGCAAACUAUACCACAGAGAUAAUCCCUCCAAAGUUCACCCUUUCAACUGCAUCUGAACCUCCAAGCAUUUUCCGACGGGAAAUCGACAUAUUUAGCUGGAUUAACAUCUCUCCCAGUGGACUGCAAGACCCUGGUGGCAUUGACUACGACCAAGAGGAGAGUCGCAUCUACUGGACUGACAGAGCAGAGAAGACGAUCAGAUCAGCCAAUAUUGAUGGCAGCGACGUUCGCCUUGUUCAAAAUUUGAGCUCCGUCUCUGUGCCAGACGGCCUGUGUGUAGACGCUCUGUCCAGGCUCAUCUUCUACACAGACGCAGGCAAUAAAGUCAUCGGCAUGAUCACCAUGUACAGCAACACUCAUCGAAUAGUCAUCAACUCUACCAUUGAGAAGCCAAAAGACAUCGAGCUUGACAAGCACAAUGGGGUAAUAUACUGGAGCGACCGUGGCGCCACACCUACCAUAGAGCGAGCCAACUAUGACGGUACAGGACGUCAGACUCUGGUCUCAGGGGGCGAGUAUCUCAACCAACCCAACGCCAUCGCUCUCGACACCAACAGUGGCAGACUGUACUGGGCAGAUGGUGGCACGCAGAAGGUAGGCUGGGUGGACUUGAAAGCCAGGAACAUUUUAGUGAUUCUAACUGAACAGGGAUCACUCUUUCACGGCAUGGACAUCUAUCAGAACGACCUCUUCAUAUCAGACUGGCAUUCUACUUACAGCUCUUUUAAUAGAAAUUGGUCAGUAAUACAUCGCUAUGGAACGAAUGGGACAAAACAAAAUGAUGUUUCGAUAUAUAGAGGACUAUACAAUGAUAUCCGUGUCUACGCAGAGGAAACAGAAGAUAAAGGACCAAACGGAUGUGGAAACAACAACGGUGGCUGUAGUUACAUCUGUAUACCGACUCCUGGCAACAGAAGUAAAUGUCUUACUGAUGGCACAGAGUCCACAAGCACCUACGGCAUAACUACAGACAGUACACCGACAUCACGUGAUUUGGUCACAUUGAGCUCUACAGGUGAACCCACCAAAUUACCAGGAGCCGAAUCUGCCAUGACUAACACUGUGAUCAUCACUGUUGUCUGCGUUAUGGCUGGUGUUGUUGUAGUUACUGUCGUUGUCGCACUCGUCGUUGUGGUCAAACUAAGACGUAAAAGUGAUUACAAACAAGAUAGGGCUUCCUCACGAAGAAGGACCAAGCCUGAUAUCCCACUGGAGCCACCACCCACCAUAUCACAUACGGCCUUUGAUGUUGUUGACAAUAUUUACAGCAAAUCUCGACGUGGUAAAAGCGGAGACAACUGCAAUGAAGCAGGUGAGAGGAACUGUGAACAGCCUAAGAUAUUCACAAUAAACAACCUCGUUCCUCCUAUCCCAAGGGACCAACAAGCAUUCACUCUCAAUGAAGUGUAUGCAGAUGCGGCAUCUGUAAAAGAACCUGAUUAUGACGAUUUUGUUUCUAGCCACGUUACAGAUGAGAGCAGCUGUCAACAAACUGUGACAUCUUCCCAAGGGAAGCUACUUCCAUACAUGGUGAAUAGGGAACACGCGACCGCACCUAGUGAUGGUUAUUCCAAUCUGGGCAAUAAAGAAGAACAUGAUUAUGAUGAUUUUCAUUCCGGUCACAAACAGAGUGAGAGAGUAGGAGAAGAACCACUGGCCGUCAGCUUUCAGUUGAAGUUCUGACUUCACCGACAGCAAAAGCUUCUGAAACUUUCACAUGAAGUUUCUAUAGCAACGGGAUUACUUUUUAUGUCCGAGGAAAUGAUUUUUUUCUAGCGUUUAAAUAACUAUAAUCUUGUAAUGAACCGACGAAAGUCGAAUUUAUUUUUGUAUUUUACAAAAGCUUUGGCUACUCUCUGAACUAACUUGUGAGCAAGUUAGACCAUUCACGUCCUGACGGUCACGUGAUGUAGGACAGACGUGGCCAGAGGGCGCUAUCGUCGUAACAGACAAGCCUUCGAGCGAAACAUGCGUGCCUUGAUGAUGUCAGAGAAGGGGGAAUGUUGACCCAACGAGAGCUAGAACAGAAGCCAGACAGUCAGACAACAUUAAUUAGACAAUCAGGCAACUAAAUUAGUAGAGUAUUGCUGGAAGGCUGGGAACUGCGUCACACACUAGCUGUGGUGUGAUUGGUUGUUGUGUUAUGUCAGGUGAUGUGACUGACCAAUCAAAUGUAUGUAUGCCACGUGACUAAUUAGUGUAAGCGGAACAAUCUGGACAACUAGCCAAGAUAGAGAAUUAGAUCGUUUGCAAACUUGCCUGUUCUAUUGUUAUUCCUUGAUAAUUUUAUAGUUUGUAUAAUCCUCUCGACGAUU